GCUAGCAUUCCACAAACAUUUUUUUAAAAGUUUCUUUAUCAUUAUCAAUAUUAAUUAUUAUUGUUCUUGAACAUGAAUCUAAAAAAAAGUAUAAUGUAAUACUGGUAAGUAGUAUGAGUAAUUAAAAAAUUAAAACAAUAAUCGAUAAUUGAUGAACUUCGUCCUUGACACGAAACAAAACAUUGCUGACCGCUGACCAAACCUGCAAACCCAAGCAAAAAGAUUUGCUGUGUUGUCUUUGCAGUUGUUGGAAAUCUGAUUUUUUUAGACCGUGAAGGGAUAUAAUAUUAAUAUUUUAAAUUGAAAGCACAACGAGAGUGCUACACCCUGAGCUCAUUGUCUGUGUUUACUCUCAUCUCUACAACUUUCAACUUUGUGCUCUUUUUUCCCCCGCUCACCCGGCGUUGUUACCACACCAGUCAGCAAAACCAUUAUUUUAGCCCAAACUUCGAUUUCUACUUGAAUUUAGAAAUUAGACAGGCUACUUUGGCAGCAUGGCACUGUUGUUCAGAAAUUAUGGUCAACUUUCCAGGCGAUUGUUUUCAAAAACGGUACCGUCCUUCAAAAGAUGCAUGAGCUCCAGCUCAGGUCUUGAUCUUCGCUACAAUGAUGAUGUUGCUGUCAUCACUAUGAGGAACAAGGAAAAUCGACUGAAUGCAACAUUUCUCAAAGAUUUCAAUUCUUUGCUUGAUUCUGUUGAAGGAAAUGAGGCUUGCCGAGGCUUGAUAACAACGGGAGAGGGAAAGUUUUACGGCAACGGCAUAGAGUUGGACUGGCUAAGCACCGUCCCUGUGGAAGAACUGCUCACCUUUCUCCACGACCUCAACGCUUUCUUCCGGAGGGUUCUCCUUCUCCCUAUCCCGACCAUGGCUAUGAUGAAUGGUCAUGCCUUUGCCGGGGGAGCCAUGAUGGCCGCAGCCCACGACCUCCGCACCAUGAACUCGGAGAAGGGCUGGUUUUGCUUCAACGAAGUGUUCCUCAGCAUCUGCUUGUCCAACUUUUUCAUGGCCUUCUUGCGCGUCAAGCUCGGCGGAGGGAAGAACCUCUCGGACGCUCUGGUCCUGGGCCGUCGCUACACGGCCGCCGACGCCAUCGACAAAGGCAUCGCGGACGCGGCCUUCCCUCCCAGCUCGCUGGACGAGGAGUCGCUGAAGCUGCUGCGCUCGUACAUCGGGAAGGAGGGCAUCCCGCGGGCGGGCGUGGCCAAGAUGAAAAACCACCUUUACGAGGGCGCCGAGGCGGUGUUCCAGGCAGAGGCUGCGGAGAACUUUGUGAACUUCUCGUUGCAGCUGAUGAGUGAGGAACAACGAGACCUUCACAGGAAGUGAAGUCUAGGGGACUCUGCUGCUUUUACUACUGCACUGAAUCCGAAAUCUUUUGUAAUAAUUUAACCAUACCUUCUUGAUAAAUAUUUGGGGGGGGGAGUGGGUGAGGGCACCAAGAGCUCAGGGAAUGCCACAAUCUGCUGUUUGUUACGUUUUGUUCUCACCGUCGGGCCAUCUUUUUGGUUCUCCUCGUAAGGUGCUGUAUACUUCUGUAUGCUUGCGCCUUAUAUAAGUCAUACUUUAAUGAGACUGUUAUGAUAUACAGGGUUUGUCUAGGUUUAUGAGCUCAUUAAAAAAAACUUGUGGGUAUGGAAACUUUGUGAAGUUCAUGCGUUCAGGAAGAAUAGAAGAGCUGGUUGGUUUAGUGUUGUGGCACAGGGUUCUUUCUGUUGGUUUACUAAUGUUCUUGUUCAUGUAUGUUUUGUUUUGUUUUUGGCUCAUUCGUCUUGAUGUGAGAGCUAGAAGUGUUCCACCAUAUUGUGACCUCGGUGCUUUCUUGUCCUAUCUCCAUUUUUAAUAAUGGUGAAAACAGUUCAUCACAAAG